UGAGAAAAGCAGUGGUACAUAUACCAACUAUGCCUUCGCGGCCACAGACGUAGCUUCCAUCGUUUUUUUUAAUCUUUUAAGUUGCCGACAUAAGUAUCAAAGCCAAUCAGACUUCAGGGUGUGCGCUGUUGCCCCUGGUGACGCGUCUCUAUCCAGUUUAGUCCCACUCGUGCGUUCUCAUUCUCGUUCGGUGAUUGGCUGUUAGGAAUUAUCUCGUGCUUUUUACUGGCUAAGCGAGUUGUCUGUUAUUUAGCCUGGUAUAUUAAGCUGAUUGCAUUAUCGGAUCAGAUGUAACCUGUAGUCUAACAAAAUAGAGUUAAGUACACAUAGUUUAUGUUUUUUUUAAACAACCAUUAGCUGGAAGUAUAGUUGGCUAACAUCAGCAGCAACUACGAUAUUCUACACAUCCUGGGUUUUCCGCAAGGACCGAAAAUAGACGAUUUCUGAAAUGUCUUCAGACGAAGACAGGGCCAAAGAAAUCAUGAAGGGCUUCAAACUAAACUGGAUGAAUCUUCGAGAUGCAGAGACGGGCAAAGUGCUAUGGCAGGGAACUGAGGACCUCUCUGUACCAGGAGUAGAACAUGAAGCUCGUGUCCCAAAGAAGAUCCUGAAGUGCAAAGCAGUGUCCAGAGAACUGAACUUUUCCUCCUCAGAAAAACUGGAGAAAUUCAGGUUGGAGCAGAAAGUUUUCUUCAAAGGACAGUGUCUAGAAGAAUGGUUCUUUGAGUUUGGUUUUGUUAUCCCGAACUCCACCAACACGUGGCAGUCUCUGAUUGAAGCAGCCCCCGAGUCCCAGAUGAUGCCAGCCAAUGUUCUAACUGGUAAUGUGAUCAUAGAGACCAAGUUCUACGAUGAUGAUCUCCAUGUCAGUACCUCCAGGGUUCGGCUAUUCUACGUCUGACCUCUGACAUCUUACUCUACCUUCCAAUAUGCUGAGGUCCUGCCAAGGUCUAUAAAUUACCAAGAUACAAUUUGCACCAGUAAACAGCUCAUUGCUGACUUGGGAUCAACACAUCUGAGUAAAACUCAGCUGUGGUCCCAUUGUCAGUGAAGUGAUCUUUGUGUUUGGUUGUUCUCUUGUUUUAUGUCUACCUGAAAACUUCUUCUAGACCUUGAGAGAAGAGGGAAGAGGAUAGAGUCCUAAGAUCAUCUCUCUUUGGAUUUGCCCCUCCAGACUGUUCUACUGUAAAUACUUUAUCGCCGAUCUCAAGUCAGCCAGGGAGCCACAAAUCGUGCUUUUUUAAAUUUUCUCACUCCCAGGUUGCAUUUACUCAGGAACAGAACAGCAGGCUUGUGACCUGUUUGAUCUGAUCUUCUUUCCGUCGGAACAUGGAAACACUGCUCUCCCUGUGCCGUCUGUUUAAACGCAUCAAUGUCGGGGCAAGAUGCAGCUCAGUGUGUCUCCUGAGCUAUGUUCAAAAGAUCUUCAUCAUAAAACACUGGAAAUAUUUUCCUCCCGCUAUGUCCCAUCCUGGAGAGGCGAUCUCUUGUCAAGUCUAUAUUUACCUUAUCAUCAUGGGUAAACAAGGCUGUUCAAAGACCCAAUGAAAUGCAGCCUGCUUUUAUAUAAAUCUGAAGAACAUAGCAGGUAUAUUGUUUGUAGUCCUCUAUAUCCCAAAAAGUUUUUGUCUACUUCUAUUAUCAGAGAAAAGGGAACUAUACAGAUAUUCCGAAUAUAUUAAGACGUAUUUAUUUUGUCAACCAACAUCUCAACUCUGAAAUUUUCACCUUUAUGAGUUAAUGAGGACACUAUUAAUGGUGGUCUCUGUGAGGCCAAGUAGUGGAACUGCUGACAUAGCUUUGUUCUUUCCAUGUUUGCAGGUAGCCUCUGAAGUGGGACACAAAAAUCAGAAAAAGUUUAGUUGGUAGAAACUCACUACGAUAGCAUGUGUAGAACUGUGGUUUUCAGUGUAAUAUGAUGCAGGACCUAACAUCUCUUUGUAUUCCAAAAGCCAGUGGUUUAAGUGGAUUGUCUCUGUAAAUUGUUUGGAGUGAAAAUCUGCACACUUUUGUUAUGAUGUUUGAAACACACUGUUUGAAGGACUGUGAGCAGAAAAUAUGACAGGGUUUUGUUACAUUUAUUAUUGUGUUUGUACUUGACUUUCAGAGAUGUAUUUACAUUCAAAAUAUUUCAACUAAAUCAUCAACAUGUGUAGACUGAGACAUGCAUUAUUUAUUCUCACUAGUUCGCCUGCUUAAUAUUUUAUCCCUGCUACACCCACAUGUUAACUGCUGUUUAAGUUUUUAACAUAGGGAACACAAAGGAGGCAGAAGCGCCAUAAUAGGUACAUUUGCAUGCAAGCUGUAAUCUGGCUGUUACAUUAAAAGUUCCAUUUCUCCUUGCAGGCCAUCUCUAAUCACAGACAGCUGAUCUUUAUAUUAACUUCUUGAUUUUCUAAUAUACAGUUUUUUUGUAUGUUCCUGGAUAAGUGGGGCAUUCUUUUGCAACAAUGAAGUUAUAAGUACCUUUGGCUUGUAUGAUAACCUUCUUCUGCUUCUUCCUUGUUAGCAGCCUGUGUGUGUGUGUUUGUGUGUGUAUCUAUCUGUCUGUAUCUCUCUGUUUAGACACAGCUGGACAAUGUGGAAUAAGUAUGUAAAAACACAAUCCCGCCAGGGUGUGCUCUGUGUGAACAGCGUGAUUGAUUAACAUGGACGCUGAAAGGAAGUAGGCAGUGCUUCCGCCUCCAGUGUGUCCCCACAGUUCUGCUCUGUACAGUUUGACUGUUUUUCUUAAACUUUGAUUCUCAAUUCACUGCAUUUAUGUCAGUUUUUUCAUAGUUGUUAAAUCAGCUGUGUAAAAUAAACGUGUGUUUCAUUUUGA